AUUUAUGGAGCAGCAGAACUCAGUCAGUCAUCAUUAUUUUUAUUCACUUUAAAAAAUAAUAAAAACGGCUUUUACUCUGGAAACAUCCGGGCCGGUUUAAUUUUGAAACUUUUGACCGGAAGCUGGUCUCCGGUAGUGGUCGUCGGUCCGUCGGUGUGUGUGUGUUUGGGUUUGUGUGUGUGUGUGUGUGUGUGUGUGUGGAGCCGCGACGGAGAGAAGAAGAACUUUACCCGGAGUCUCUGCUCCCCGUGGCGGUGGCGUGCUGAUGGAGGGGGCGGGGCCUAGCCGAUACGUGUCCCAGCUGAGGGCGGAGUUUGACAGCUGUGACUCGACGGCGUCGGGGUUCCUGGACGCAGACGAGCUGGCGGCGCUCUGCAGGAAGCUGCAGCUGGACAAACACCUGCCGGAGCUGCUCGCCACGCUGGGGACACACACACAGGUGACCUUCGACGAGUUCAAAGACGGAUUUGUGGCCGUCCUGUCUCACUCUCUGGACCUGUCUCACUCUCUGGACCUGUCUCACUCUCUGGAUCUGGACACCUCAGAGGACGACAGCAGCUACCUGGAGCCAGUGGUUCCAGAGGAGGUGGAGCCUAAGUUGAUGAAGGGCUCUAAGCGUUACGGUCGCUGGACUCGUCCUGACUCGACUCUGACUAGAGACUCGAAGGACUCGAAGGACUCGAGACACGCAGCAGACUCGUCCCCGGACGGAGUCCGCAGGGCCAAGGUGAGACGGGACACGUCUCUAGACAGCCUGGAGAGCCUGAGGUGUGAUGAGGAGACAGGAAGUCAGAAGAUCAUCCAGACAAACUUUCAGUCUAAAGGUCCUGAGGAGGACCUGGACCAGGAGGACCUGGACCAGGAGGACCUGGACGGCAGCCUCAGGGACCUGCAGCAGGUCCUGCGUGGCUCCGCCCCCUCCUCCUGCUCCACCCCCGCCCACUCAGCUAGACCAGCAAUAAAUAACUCUCCGGUGCCAUCUGAGGACCACGCGGUCCCCCCGGUGCUCCUGGUCCGGCCCCCGGUGGCCCCGGGCCGGCCCGGGGACCGUGCGGUGCCCCUGGUCCGGCCCCCCGGGGCCCCUCUGGUCCGGUGCUCCUCUCCGGCCCUGCUGACGGCCUCGGGGGGUCAGAGGGUCCUCAGCCGGCUGGACGACGGGUCGGGAACCACCAGCCCAGACCGGGUCAUCAAGUUCUGGACCGAGGAGGGGGUCCACAACAGCCGGGACAUCCUGCAGAGCCUGGACUUCUCCCUGGAGGACCCUCUCUCUCUGUCUGAUCUGUCUUCCGCUCUGGACAACGAGCUGCUGGUCAGCGGGAACCAGAUCCACCAGGCCGCCCUCGUCUCCUACAGGACAGAGAUCCAGCAGCUGCAGGUCCUGGUGGAGCAGGUCUGCCGUCAGAGGGACAAGGUGAAGUCUGAUCUGGAUCAGGCUGAUCUCAGGAACCUGCAGCUGGUCAGAGAGGUGGACGACCGCCACGCCGUCAUGGAGACGCUCAACCAGUCCAGGAUCAGGGACCUGGAGCAGGACUUCCGGGACCGUCUGGCGGUCUUGCGGGUCCAGGCGGAGCAGGAGAGCGAGGUUCUGCUGCAGCAGGCGGAGCGGGAGAAUGCCGCGCUGCGCCAACAGCUGACAGCGCUCCGGACACAGGGGGCGGAGCUACAGGAAGAGCUCAGCGGUGCCACACAGGAGAGCAGGCGUCUGGAGGAGGAGCUGAGGUGUUUGAGGCUCCAGCUGACGGAGGCUCAGAGCUCAGUGAUCAGACUGCAGACAGACCUGGACCAGCUGCUGCACACCAAGCUGGGCAGCCUGGAGGCAGCCGGUGCUCUGAGUCCAGAAGAAAGACUCACCGAGAUCACCAGAGACCACGAGAGACAGCGCCGGGAGCUCCAGGACAGGAAUGAUGAGCUGUGUUCGGAGCUGGAGCUGCUGAGAAACAACAGGAAGUCCAGACGACCUGCAGGAGGCCCCGCCCCCCCCGCCAUGCUGAGCCACACCGACCAAUCAGCUGCCAGCGCCGAGUCAGACUUUGACGAGUUGGACAUGAAGCGCAGCUCGUCUCCUCUGGUCCGCAAGAAGCUGCAGCCAGCAGAUAAAACAGCUCUGUGUCUCCUGGACAGCGUCUCUGGUCCGUCCAUCAGUAUUCAGACUGAACUUGCUCUGGAACAACUGAAGCAGAAACACAACGAGGAGCUGCAGCAGCUGCACAUCCAGCUGGAGACACAGGUGAACUACUAUGAGCGCAGUGUGGAGCUGAUGAAGCAGAGUAUGGAGGUGGAGCGUAAAGACAUCUCUCAGGCCUUUAAGCUGGAGAUCAGUGAGCUGGAGGAGCAGAAAGCUCAGGUGGAGGCGCAGGUGAAGCAGCUGCAGGAGAAGCUGGACAAACUGCAACCAGCAGGAGGAGCAGGGUGGGGCAACGAGCAGGAGCGCAGGAUGCAGCGUGAGCGGGCGGAGCUGGAGCAGAACUUCGCCCGAGAGAUCAGUCACCUGGUUCAGAGGCUGAGCGCCGAGAAGGAGCAGCAGGAGGCGCAGCUGAAGCUGCAGCUGGACCAGGAGGUGCUGCUGGUCAGGUGAGACUCUUUAUCUCGUCUUUAUUUAACUCUUUUAUUCUUGGUACAAAGUAUGAACGCUGUGAGCAGGAGGCUCCACGAGGAGCAGAGAGCUGGGGAGGAGCGCAGGAGGAGGAGGGAGGAGCAGCAGGAGCAGCUCUCCGUGGAGGAGCUGCGAGGGCGUUGCGCUCAACUGGAGGACGACCUCGAAACGUCCCGCCGCCGCUGCUCCGACCUGGAGGCCCGGCUGCAGGAGGCCUGCUCCCAGCUGGAGGAGAGCAUCAGCUUCCUGGAGGCUCAGGAGGAGCUGCAGCAGGCGAGGAGCAGGGAGGAGCAGCUCCUGCAGCAGGUGGAGGAGCUUCAGGAGGAGCUGGGAACGGUGCAGGCUGCGUCCCACAGCGCCCUGCAGGAUCGCCGGCUGGUGGCGGAGAACUACAGCCGGCUCUCCUACGCCGUCAUCCAGCAGCAGGAGGAGCUCCGAGCCCGGGAGCAGGAGGUGCAGAGUCUGCAGGAGGCCACGAGGAGCAGAGCCGAUGAGCUGGACUCUCUGAAGACGGACCGGGCCCGGCUGAUCCAGGACCUGAAGGAGCAGGCCAUGGCGGUGGACCACCUGCAGCUGGAGCUGGACGGCGUCUCUGAGGAGCUGGACAGGAGGAGGAGCGCCGAGGAGGCUCUGCGGCGGGCUCUGGAGGAGGAGCAGCAGGAGGUGCUCCGUCUGAGCCGGGAAAACCGGAGCUACGCCCGGCUGGCCAACCAGCUCUCGGCUCAGAUCGUAGAGAUGGAGGAGGAGACCUCCUCGCUCAGAGACCUGGUCCUGGACCUCAGGAGGAGGCGCGACUCCAAGACCGGCGAGGCGGACCGGCUCCGGGCCCGGCUGGAGGAGGAGGAAGGAGACCGGGACUUGGACUGCCGGGACCGGCAGAGGGGGGCGGAGGAGGAGGACUUUGAGCAGGAGAAGAGGAGGAUGCGGCAGCAGCUGGAGCAGAUGGAGGUCCUGGUCCUGGCUCUGGAGGAGGACCUGGACCCCGACAGGACCCAGCUGGAGUGUGUGCGGUCAGACAACGCGUCCCUCCAGCAGCGUCUCAGCGUCCUGCAGCAGGACGUCCAGCAGCUGGAGGACGACCUCAACAACAAGAGGAGGAAAGUGGAGGAGCUGGAGAGAGAACACGAGAGAAGCAGAGAAGAAGAAGAACGACUGCACACAGAGAACGUGCGGUACCGUGAGGAGGUUCUGGAUCUGAGCGCCAGGAACCUGCAGCUCAGCAACGACAACGCCGAGCUGAGCGCCCGUCUCCAUGGAGACCAGGAGGCGGUCCGGAUGCUGCGGGAGCGCCUAGCAACCAGGGAGCAGGAGGAGCAGGAGGAGCAGGAGGAGACGGUGCGGCGGCAGGAUGCGGCGCUGCAGCAGCUGGAGGCGGAGCUAAGCUCCUGCAGGGAGAAGCUGGUUGGUGGGGCGGAGCUGGAGGCGGAGCUUAGCGCUGUGAGCGUGAAGCUGCGACAGUCAGAAGACGAGAAAAACGCACUGCUGCAGGACGCCACCGACAGGAAACACCAGGUGGAGGUGCUGCAGCAGACGCUGCUCUCUGUGGAGUCGCAGCUUCACGCCGUCACUCAGGAGAAGAUGGUUCACGCCCAGGAAGUGACGGAGCUGCAGAGGGAGCUGCAGGACGCUCAGAGCCAGGUGGAGGAGUGUGAGAGCAGCGUCAGGCAGCUGAUGAGGGACGGCGAGGAGCUCCGUCAGGCUCUGCAGGAGGAGAGAGUCCAGAACCAGAACCAGAGAGACCAGAACCAGAACCAGAGAGUCCAGAACCAGGAGCUGCAGCAGCAGCUGUCGCAGCUCCAGGACCUGACCCGGGACCACCAGGACCUGACCCGGGACCACCAGGACCUGACCCGGGACCACCAGGACCUGACCCGGGACCACCAGGACCUGAAGGCCCAGCUGAGCCGGCUGCAGGCGGAGCGGACGCAGGCUCGGGACCAGGCGGAGCGGGCGGAUGCGGCGCUCGGCGUGCUCCGAGCGCAGCACGCACGGCAGCUGCAGGAGCUGCAACGGCGGCAGGGCGGGGAGCAGCUGGAGCAGCAGGAGGCGCGGCUGCAGGAGGAGCAGAGGAGGAGUCAGCAGCUGGAGGAGGAGCUGAGACUGCAGGUCGCUCAGAGCAGCUCGCACAGCAACACCAAGCAGGAGCAGUACGAGAAGGCGCUGAGCGUGCUGCAGCAGCGGGCGGAGCGGCAGGAGACGGCGCUGGCGGCGGUGCGCGGCGUGCUGCAGGAGACGGUGCAGCAACUCAGAGAGCAGAUGUCGAAGAAUGGCGAGGUGAGCGCGCGGCUGAAGGAUCUGUACGUGGAGAACGCCCAGCUGGUGGCGGCGCUGCAGGUCACUGAGCGGCGCCAGAAACACGCCGAGAAGAAGAACUUCCUGUUGGAGGAGAAGGUCGCCGCGCUCAACAAACUGCUGAGAGACAUCGUCCCCGUUAGCUUAGCUUAGCACAAUGACUGGGAGCGGAGGGAAACUGUUAGCAUCAUGUCGUCCCUGUUAGCUUAGCUUAGCACAAUGACUGGGAGCGGAGGGAAACUGUUAGCAUCAUGUUGUCCCUGUUAGCUUAGCUUAGCGCAAUGACUGGGAGCGGAGGGAAACUGUUAGCAUCAUGUUGUCCCUGUUAGCUUAGCUUAGCACAAUGACUGGGAGCGGAGGGAAACUGUUAGCAUCAUGUUGUCCCUGUUAGCUUAGCUUAGCACAAUGACUGGGAGCGGAGGGAAACUGUUAGCAUCAUGUUGUCCCUGUUAGCUUAGCUUAGCACAAUGACUGGGAGCGGAGGGAAACUGUUGGCAUCAGACACAUCAAACAGGAAAACUGGUUUUAAAAGUUCAGGAUAAUAAAGAGAUGUCAUUUAUUAAUAAUAAUCAAAUAAUGUGACUUUAUUAUUUGGACAAUCGAUUCAUUUUAAAGUAAUUUUAUGUUUCUUGUUCUUCUGUCUCCUUGAAAAGUAUUAAUAAAAACAAUCAUAACUUAAACAAUACAAUCAAAGUGAGAAUAAACUAAAUUUAAUAUACAAUUAAAUAAUAAAACAAUAGAAUCAGCAAAGAAUAAUUUAAAUAAAAGUAUUUUAUUGUGGUGGGAAAGGAAGCUGCUCACCACACUCCAUUAAAAAAAAACACAAACACACAACACAUACACACACAAACACAACACGCACAAACACACAACACAAACAACACACAACACAUACAAACACAAUACAAACAACACACAACACAUACAAACACAACACAUAAAACAAACACACAACACAUACACAAACAUACAACAAAUACAACAAACACACAGGACACACGCACAAUAUAUAUAACAAUAUUAUAUAAACAAUAUAACAAACACAACACACGCUCACAAACACACACAACAAACACAUACACACUCACUAAGGUACUUCAGCCCUGAGGUUAUUAUUAUUAUGUUUCCAUUUUGAUAUUUUUAAAGUGAGACUUUUAUUUUGGUGGUCCUCUUCCUGUUUGUUACUGUAACAUGAAAUAAUAAACUGUGUUUUGAUACAAA